AUGCUGAGGCAAUGUGCUCCAGCCCAUCGUGAUGUUUCUGAGCGAAGCCAAAUCGGCCCAGCUGCAAAGGCCUCAGGAGGACCCGCAUGGCGCCUCAGGCUGGCUGUGCUUGCCUUGGCCUUGCACAAGUCGGAGGGCAUCGAAAGACUGGGUUUCUCUAAAGUUUUCUACAAACAGUCCUUCCUCUUUGAAGAGGCUCCAGGGCUGCCGAGUGUUGUCCCCAUAGGCGGGAAACGAGGGACUGGCAUACACAGUGGUUUACGCCUAUCUGCGGGCCAUGGAGAUGUGGGCCUCUCUGUGAAAAGCUUCACAGAUGAUGUGGCAGGCAUGGUUAAGAACAGCAAGCUUUGGUAUGAGAUCCAGGCGCAGUAUGCCAAGUUGCAGGAGGACGAGGUGGGGGCAGAGCUGUUUCCCACCCCAAUCUCUGCGGCAUCUCCGAGCAGUCACAGUCCCUCUGCGAGCACCGCGGCCAGUGCCUCCGAGGAGAAGUCGGAGAAGCAGACAUCACGGUUUUACAAGGACGGAUUCCAACGUCGUCACUGGGUACUGGCUUGCUGCUCGAUGAUGGUGAUGUGCGAAUGGCUAGAUCGCACGGUGCUGUCUAUCGCCAUGGAGUCCAUGAAGGAGGACUUCAAGUUGACGGACGCGCAGGUGGGGCUCUUGGCCUCAGCCUCGCUUUGGAUUGUGCCCUUUGCCACGGGUUGCGUCGGUCGCCUUGCGGACCACGUCCCAAGGGCUCGGCUCAUUGGUGCCGGAGUCUUCGGUUGGGCCGUGGCGACCUUUGCCACCGGCUCCUCGCCGUCCUUCGAGGUGACCUUGCUCUGUCGCCUGCUCGCCGGCGUGGCCAACUGCGCCGGCUACCCUGUGACUUUGGCCCUGCUCUCCGACUACUUUGCUGCCGAGGAGAUGGCUACGGCCAUGGGCUACUACCACGCAGGCAGUGCUCUCGGUGGCCUUAUGGGCUUUGCCGCUGGAGGAGUUCUGGUCACGUCCCGCGGCUGGAGAUGGGCCUUCUGGGUCGUCGCAUCCCCGCAGGUCAUCGUCGCACUGCUCUUCUGCUUCACGGUGCCACGAACGGCAGAGGAGGCACCUCCGAAGGAGGGUGUCUGCUCUGAUGUGCGGCAACUGCUGUCCCUGCGGCCUCUCAGGCUCCUGAUGCUGGGUGCAAUGUGCACCGGAAUGCUUUCUGGGCAGGGUCGCUUCCUGUCGGCCUUCACCGAGCGCCGUCACGGUGUGGAAGCAGCACAGAUCGGCCUUGUCAUGGGCCCUGUACUGGGUGUUACAGGGGUGGUUAGCAGCUUUGUUAUCGGUCACCUGGUCGAUCGCGUCUUCCGCCGUCAUGGCGACAUCAGGGUCAACCUUUGGUUUGCAUCCUUCGGCGAUGUACUCGGUAUGCUGUGUGGCAUCGCCGCCAUCCUAGGGCCGUCCUUUGCUGUACUGAUCUUCUUUACCGCCCUGGGUGUUGUGGUGGGCUGCUUUCGGCAGGGCGUGCAGGCUGUCGUACAGAGGCUGGGUGUAGGCCGGCGAGGUACUGCCCAAGGGCUUCUGGAGACGUGCUGGUCGAUUGGAAUGGGUAUCGGCCCCUUUUUGGCUGGUGAGCUGAGCGACUUCAACCUGGCCCCGGACUGCGAUGACUCCUGCGCCCUCUCGAGGGCGCUGAUGCUCUUCGGCAGCUUCAGUCUGCUGGGUCGUGCCGCUUGCAACUUCGCCGCGUCGAUGUUCCUCUCCGACGGAAUCCCGGCAGCCGAGGGUCGGUCGAACACCGUUGAAGUUGUAUCCUCUGAAGCAGGCUCCGACUCAAGGAACCCCCGGCUCAUGCGAAAGGACGCCCAGCUUGACGAUGGCUGGGCUCUGCUGUUGCAGGUCACAGCAAAUGGCAGCUUGCUCCAACAGAAGCAGAUGCCCGCGGUCAUGAACCCUGCUGCUGGAAUGGGUGGAAUGUCCACGGGCAUGGUAAACGGCAUGUCCAUGGGUCAGGGCAAUGUGCCCUUCGCCACGGGCACGUCUGAUGAUGGUGAUGAAGAGGAGAAGAAAUCAACAACUACGCCAGCUCCCACCACGGCUGCUGCCACGACAGCGGCUGCCACGACGGCUGCGCCAACAACUGCGGCAGCUACCACUGCAGCAGCGACCACGGUAGCAGGAACCACCAAAGAGUCCGAGGACAAAGAGAAGGACGGGGAAGGAAAGGCAUCAAAUUCCAGUGGAGCCAAUGCGACACCGCCUGUGGUCGUUUCGGCUGCUGCGCCCCCUGCUGGCAGCAAAGAGGAAGCAGCCCAAGCGCAGGCGGAGCGGAAUGGUGGCGGCGGUGGCCUCACCUGGCUCCUGAUGCCCGUCGGAGCCUGGGUCAGACGGACUUGCUUCCAGAAGCGCACUGGUAAAUUCCUGGGGGAUAAGCUUCUUCAGCUUUCGUGUGCAGGUGCUUGGUGUGCUCCUGGUGGUGGCUGGCAUCUUUGGCAUCAAGAGAUGGAGGUGUGCGACUUACCGUUUCUAAGGAGGGAGCCAAGUUUUCCUGUGCCAUUGUCGCGCAUCGGGACUUUGCUUACACGCCCUGCAACACCGUCAUGA